AUGCAGGCUCGCCGCCCGUCACAAUCGCAUUUCCACGAUGAAGACAACCGCAACGACACAUCGUCUAAUGCAUCGACAAUUGCUGCACCAAACUCGCCUCCCAGAAGCAACCACCACCCGAAUAAUUCAGUCGAGAAAGAGGUGCCAUACACCCAGGAUGUCGACGAAGAGGAGACCGCCCGGAGAGAGCGUGAGGUUCUGCAGCUUGCAAGACGCUUCACCACGCAGAGCCACCAGUCUGCUUCACAUCACCAGAAUCCGUUCGAGGCCACACCUGGAUCGUCUUUGGAUCCUAGCGGCGAGAACUUCAAUGCUCGCGCAUGGACCAAGGCAAUGAUGAACCUCCAGCUUUCAGACUCGAAUGCUCCUCCUCCCAGGCAAGCUGGUGUUUCCUUCAGGGACCUCAAUGUCCACGGUUUUGGCGCCGAUACCGAUUACCAGAAGAGUGUUGGCAACAUUUGGUUCGAGGGACCUGCCUUGCUCAAAAAGCUCAAGGGCGACAAAGGUCGCAAGAUCAACAUUCUGCGAGGUGUUGAUGGCCUGGUCGAGGCCGGUGAGAUGAUGGUGGUGCUCGGACCUCCUGGAUCAGGUUGCUCGACUUUCCUCAAGACUCUUACCGGAGAGACACACGGCUUUUUCGUUGAUGAGAACUCCAAACUGAACUACCAAGGUGUCAGCCCAGAGCUCAUGCAGCAGAACUACCGUGGUGAGGCCAUCUACACCGCUGAAGUCGACGUUCACUUCCCUGCGAUGACUGUCGGCGAGACUCUCUACUUUGCCGCCCUUGCUCGCCGUCCCCGUAAUAUCCCUGGCGGCGUCAGCCCAGACGUGUACGCCAAGCACCAGCGCGAUGUCAUCAUGGCUAUGUACGGUAUCUCGCAUACGAUCAACACCCGAGUUGGAAACGACUUCAUUCGAGGUGUCUCUGGUGGAGAGCGUAAGCGUGUUACCAUCGCCGAAGCCACUCUCAGCCGGGCGCCCCUGCAAGCAUGGGAUAACAGUACGCGUGGUCUUGAUUCUGCCAACGCCAUUGAGUUUGUAAAGACUCUGCGCAUGGAGACCGAGAUCAACGGCACGACAGCCUGUGUCGCGAUCUACCAGGCCCCACAGGCUGCGUACGAUCUUUUCGACAAGGUUCUUGUUCUGUACGAAGGCCGCCAAAUCUUCUACGGCAAGACUACCGAGGCGAAGGCUUACUUCGUGAACAUGGGUUUCGUUUGCCCUGACCGCCAGACCGAUGCCGAUUUCCUCACUUCCAUGACAUCUUCCCUGGAGCGCAUUGUUGCCAAGGGUUUCGAAGGCCGUACUCCUCGCACUCCUGACGAGUUCCACCAGCGCUGGCUGGAGUCGCCUGAGCGCGUCGCUCUUCUCGCUGAAAUCACUGCCUAUGAACAGAAGUACCCUAUCGGCGGUGAGCAGGCUCAAAAGUUUGCUGAGUCGCGUCAGCUCCAGCAGGCUAAGGGUAUGCGUGCGAAGUCCCCAUACACACUCUCCUACACGCAGCAGAUCAAGCUCUGCCUGUGGCGUGGAUUCGUUCGCCUAAAGGCCGAUCCCAGCAUCACACUCACUCAACUCAUCGCAAACUCCAUCAUGGCCCUGAUUAUCUCGUCUGUCUUCUUCAACCUCCAGCCUACCACCAGCUCGUUCUACCAGCGAUCUGCCCUGCUCUUCUUCGCCAUUCUCAUGAACGCCUUCGGUUCUGCCCUCGAAAUUCUGACUCUCUACGCUCAACGUCCCAUUGUCGAAAAGCACUCUCGAUACGCCCUCUAUCAUCCGUCCGCAGAAGCCUUCGCCAGUAUGUUGACUGACAUGCCGUAUAAAAUCGCUAACGCCAUUACCUUCAACCUCGUCCUGUACUUCAUGACGAAUCUGCGUCGCGAGCCUGGCAACUUCUUCUUCUUCGUGUUGAUCUCGUUCACCCUCACCCUGGUCAUGUCGAUGUUCUUCCGCUCGAUCGCCUCUUUGUCCAAGUCCCUCGUCCAGGCGCUUGCACCCGCUGCCAUCCUUAUCCUGGGUCUCGUCAUCUACACUGGUUUCGCCAUCCCUCCCAGUUACAUGUUGGGUUGGUCCAAGUGGAUUCGCUACGUCAAUCCCGUCAGUUAUGGUUUCGAGGCUCUCAUGAUCAACGAGUUCGUCGGCAGACAAUACGAGUGCAACGCGUUCGUUCCCCAAGGUCCUUCCUACAACCUGGCAGCCGAUUCCUUGAGCCACGCCUGUUCGUCCGUCGGUGCCGUUGCUGGAAAUCCUUUUGUGGAUGGCGAAGUGUAUAUCCUUUCAUCGUACGAGUACGAGCACUCGCACAAGUGGCGCAACUUCGGGAUUCUGUUGGCCUUCAUGAUCGGCCUAAUGAUAGUCUACCUCACCGCUACCGAGUUCAUCACAUCCGCCAAGUCCAAGGGUGAAGUCCUCCUUUUCCGCCGUGGUCACCAGGUCCCCAAGGGCAAGUCUACUGAAGAUCUUGAGAACAAUCCUACAGGUCGCCCCGGUGGUUACGCCGACAGCAACGACAACAUCGCCAUCAUCGAGCGCCAGACUGCUAUCUUCCAGUGGAAGGACGUCUGCUACGACAUCAAGAUCAAGGGCGAGCCUCGCCGCAUUCUGGAUCACGUUGACGGUUGGGUCAAGCCAGGUACUUUGACUGCUCUGAUGGGUGUGUCUGGUGCUGGCAAGACUACUUUACUCGAUGUCUUGGCUACUCGUACUACCAUGGGUGUCAUCACUGGUGAGAUGCUGGUCGACGGCGUCCCUCGUGAUCAGUCCUUCCAGCGCAAGACCGGUUACGCUCAGCAACAGGAUUUGCACUUGGCCACUUCGACCGUUCGUGAAGCUUUGACCUUCUCUGCCCUCCUCCGUCAACCCGCCCACGUCCCUCGUCAAGAGAAGAUCGACUACGUCAGCGAAGUCAUCAAGCUUCUUGAUAUGGAUGAAUACGCUGAUGCUAUUGUCGGUGUUCCAGGUGAAGGUCUCAACGUUGAACAGCGCAAACGUCUUACUAUUGGUGUGGAGCUAGCUGCUAAGCCUGCUCUGCUUCUCUUCUUAGACGAGCCUACUUCUGGUCUAGACUCUCAAACCUCGUGGGCUAUUCUCGAUCUCUUGGACAAACUGAAGAACAACGGCCAGGCUAUUCUCUGCACCAUCCACCAGCCUUCUGCCAUGCUGUUCCAGCGUUUUGAUCGUCUCCUCUUCCUCGCCAAGGGUGGUCGCACUGUCUACUACGGCACCGUUGGCCACAACUCCAAGGUCCUUGUCGAUUAUUUUGUCCGCAACGGAGGUCAUCCCUGUCCUCCCGAGGCUAACCCUGCCGAAUGGAUGCUUGAGGUAAUUGGCGCUGCUCCUGGAUCGCACACUGACGUCGACUGGCCUCAGGCAUGGCGUAACUCUCCCGAAUACGCUGAAGUCCAACGUCAUCUCGAGGAACUUAAGGUUGAGCGCUCACAGGCUGAUCGCUUGGAACGCACUGUGUCUACUCAAAAGCGCGAAGACAAAGCCGCUUUCCGUGAAUUUGCCGCUCCUUUCUCAGAGCAGUUCCGUCAAACUACCCUACGUGUUUUCCAGCAGUACUGGCGCAGCCCUGCUUACAUCUACUCGAAGACUCUCCUCUGUGUUUCAUCAGCUCUGUUCAUUGGGUUCUCGCUUUACAACAUGCCCAACACACAGCAAGGUCUCCAGAACCAGAUGUUCGGUAUCUUUAUGUUGAUGACCAUCUUCGGCCAGCUCGUUCAACAGAUCAUGCCUCACUUUGUCACCCAGCGUGCUCUGUAUGAGGUCCGCGAGCGUCCCAGCAAGACGUACUCCUGGAAGGCAUUCAUGCUUUCCAACAUCAUCGUCGAAAUCCCUUGGAACUCGCUCAUGGCUGUCCUCAUCUUCUUUUGUUGGUACUAUCCAAUUGGUCUGUACCGCAACGCACAACCCACCGACGAAGUUGCCUACCGCGGUUUCCAGCUCUUCUUGUUUACCUGGAUGUUCCUGUUGUUCACCUCGACUUUCACACAUAUGAUCAUCGCUGGUCUGGAUACGGCCGAGACCGGUGCUAACCUCGCCAAUCUGAUGUUUUCCCUAUGCCUGAUCUUCUGUGGUGUUCUCGCGCCACCCGACAGCUUCCCUCGUUUCUGGAUCUUCAUGUACCGCAUCUCGCCCUUCACGUACCUAGUGUCUGGAUUGCUAGCGACAGGUUUAGCGAACAGUUCUGUGCAAUGCGCUGCAAACGAGUUCAUCAAAUUCAAUGCUCCGGAAGGCCAGAAUUGUGGAGACUUCAUGAAGGACUACAUGAGCACGGCUGGCGGCUACCUCGAGAACGCCACAUCCACCGAUCAGUGCAGCUACUGCACUAUCAAGGACACCAACGUCUUCCUUGCCGCGCUGUCCUCCAAGUACGAAGAUGCUUGGCGCAACUUCGGCAUCCUGUGGGUCUACGUCAUCUUCAACAUCUUCGCCGCUCUUGCCCUCUACUGGCUCGUCCGCAUGCCCAAGAACAAGAAGGAGAAGACCGAAGAUAAGAAUGCCGGUGCCACCAAGUCCGCCGGUCAGGAGCAGAUGCUUCACGAGCCCAGCCGCACAGCAACCCCCGCUGACAACGAGAAGUCGGUCAACCACACGGCUUCAACAUCGUCGCCGGGCGUACCCACAGAGAAGGUCUAG